UCGUAGGAAUGGCGGGUGUUGCGUCGGAGGAGAGUUGCAAAGGAUGCUCCUCCGCCAGCUGCGCGUGUGGCGAGAAGGGCACGUGGAGCAGCCCCUCACUGUUGAGCCGGCAACUCUCGGAAGGCUCGAGCCGCCACCAGCUGCUGCGGCAGUGGACGAGCACGUGGGACUCCCUAAGCGAGGCCGCGUCGGUGGCGGAGAGGACGCGGCGCGAGGGGCCUGCGGUGCCCUCCGAGGAGGAGGAGCAGCCGCUGGUGUUCCUGUGCGCCGGGUGCCGGCGGCCGCUGGGCGACUCCCUGAACUGGGUGACCUGCCAGGAGGACAGCAACUGCAUCCUGCUGCGCUGUGUUUCCAGUAAUGUGUCUGUGGACAAGGAACAGAUACUAUCCAAGCGUGAAAAUGAAAAUGGUUGCACCCUGCAGGCGCUGCGCUGCGCGGGCUGCGAGCAGCACCUCGGCUACGCCUACCGGUGCACGCCCGGCCACCUCGACUACAAGAGGGACCUGUUCUGCCUCGACGUGGACGCCGUUGAGAGCUAUGUUUUAGGGUCCUCGGCCAAGCAGAUCGUGUCCGAAGAUAAAGAGGUUUUCAAUCUCGAAAGCAGGACCGCGAUAGAGAACUCCCUGAAGCAGAUGGAAGACGUCCUGAAAGCCCUGCAGACGAAGCUGUGGGACCUGGAGGCCCGGCUGGCCUUUCCCGGCGCCGACGGCUGAGACGCGCGCAGGGCCCGCCCCAGACCUCCCUGCCGAGGGCGGUGGACGUGCGUGCAGCAGCAGUUCCUGUUACGGGUCCACUCCACGGAGAGCCGGGGGCUCCGGCUGGCUGUGCACCUGGUCGUUUCUUGUAUUGAUCCAUGAGCAUAAUCGUACAAAUAGAAAUUUUAAACCCAUUUGUGAUACUUGCUGGAAAUAGGAUUUAGAAGGUUUUUUGUUUUUGUUUUUGUUUUUUUAAGGAUUUAGAAGUUUUUAUUCUGAUAAGAAACUGCCACGAUUUCUGAACUGUUUUCGCCUUUGUAUCCAAUUCAUUAUUCUUCAUUUUGUACUUUCUUUAAAACUUUCUUUUGUCUUUACUAUUUGAGUAAUACGUAAUAUCAUGUAGCAGAAUAAACCUUAGCAGUUUUCCUGCUGCUGUGUGACUGGAUCUCCUCUAGAAACGAACGCAUACAGCUCUCUGGAGAAACCGGCCAGUUGAACCGUUUGUCCGCCCGGAUUACUUGAACACUUGCACGGGGACAGAACACCAUGACCUCUAAUGAGAACCGCCCCCCCCCCACCCCCGUCCCUGUCCGUUCACUGCUACCUGCCUCUGACACCUGUAAGGGUAUCUGCCAAAGAGAAGCGGUCAUCUCUGAGGGCGGAGUUCGGGGAAGUUUUCAGUUUCCCGGUUUCCUAUAAUGUAAGAUUUACUGUAAGCACACGUUAUUUUUAUAAUCAGGAAGAGA